AUGGCAGCCCACGUGCCCCUGGCCCCUGGCCUUCCUCAGAUGUUGAAGGAGGGCACGAAAUUCUUCAGCGGCCUGCAGGAGACCCUCUUCAGCAACCUGACGGCUUGCAAAGCUUUGGUGCGGACGCUACGCUCCUGCUACGGCCCCAUGGGCCACCACAAACUCGUGGUCAACCACCUCGGCAAGAGCUUCCACACCUCCCACGCGGCCACCAUUUUACGCGAGCUGGAGGUGGAAAACCCCGUGGCGUGCCUGCUGCGCACCACUGCCGAAGCCCAGCAGGAAGAGACGGGCGACGGCACGACUUUCGUGAUCCUCCUGGCUGGGGCGUUGCUGGAGAACGCCGAGAAGCUCCUGCGAUCCGGGAUCUCGGUGGUCCACAUCCAGGCAGGCUACGAGAUGGCUUGCAAGGAAGCCCUGCGCCUGCUGCCCGGCCUGGUCAGCCACGUCCUGAAAAAGCCCCGCGACAUCGACGAGGUGACGUGCGUCCUGCAGACCGCGGUGGGCAGCAAGAUCUUUGGCCACCAGAAGUUCUUGGCUCGAUUGGUGGCCAAGGCCUGCGUCUCGGUCCUGCCUCACCCCGGCACGACCUUCAACCCGGACUUCAUCCAUAUCUGCAAAGUCCCGGGAGGGGACGCCGCCGACUCGCGCGUCCUGGAGGGCAUGGUCAUCUGCACGGAGGCCGAAGGGAUCGUCAAGCGGGUCGAGAGGGCCUGUGUCGCGGUCUACUGCUGCACGUUUGGUCCGUCCGGAUUGGAAGCAAAGAACACCACCAUCUUCCGCAGCGUGGAAGACAUGAAGGACUUUGGCAGCAGCGAAGAGAAACUGACGAAGCAUCUCGUCCGAGCCGUUGCUGCCGCCGGCAUCAAUACGGUCGUCGUCGGAGGAAAGGUUGAUGACCAGGCGCUCUUCUACGCCAAUAGCUACAAGAUCAUGGUGGUGCGGCUGAGUUCCCGUGUGCAGCUGCAGAGCCUGUGCCGGGCGGUGGGGGCCACCCUGCUGCUCACUUUGGUCCCCCCACUUCCAGAAGCAACCGGGCACUGCCGCCGCGUCUACACGAGCGAGAUCGGAAGCACCAACGUGGUUGUGUUCAGUCAAGAUGGGGCUGCUUGCCCUGUGGCCACCGUCGUGCUCCGAGGAUCCACCCAGGAGAUGCUGGAUUGCUUGGACGAAGCCGUCCGCGAUGGAAUUAGCAUCUACAACGUCUUGGGCAGCGACCCGCGGCUCUUGCCUGGCUCCGGGGCCACCGAGAUGGCGCUCGCGGUGCGGCUGAGCACUCUAGGGAUGUACUAUCCCGGGACUGAGCAAUAUGGCAUCUUGGAGUUCUCCCAAGCCUUGAAAACGCUCCCAGCCACUCUGGCCGAAAACGCCGGCCUGCCGGUCAACAAGGUGAUGGCGAAGAUGGAGGUGCAACAUCAGCUGGGCACACAAAACACGGGCAUUAAGUUGGUCUCUGAAGAAGCCGAGACGAUCAACGCCACCAAGGAAGGCCUGCUAGAUCCCUUCUUGGUCAAGCACCGGGCCAUCGCCCUUGCAACCCAGGUGUCGGUCACACUGCUGGGAGUCAGCGAGAUCAUGGUGGCCAGGAAGGCGGGGGGCCCCAAGUUCAGGGGGGAAAACCCCAACUGGGAUAAGGAGUCAGAUAUAUUAGACUGA